AUAUACUAACGACGAUUUACCACCAGCAAAAUAUAUGUAACUACCAGUUAAUAUCUGUAUCUUAACUUUGCCGAACGGUCAUUGCAUUCGUCAAUUUAUCAGAGUUGCUAUACUUACAAUAUUGAAUUAUGAAUACCACUCUCAAUACAUCUAGAUACGUUACCAAAUAUUUUGGAAAAUAUGAAUUCAUUCAGGAAUCUCCUGGGUUUGCAAUUACAUCUAUAGCUUUACAAACUAUUGCGUCUCUCGUAGGGACAUUCGGAAAUGCUCUAAUUUUGAUUAUUACAGCAAGAUCGAAGGGAACGAUGACCGUACAGUCUAUAUUCAUCAUCAAUAUAGCUAUAUCAGACAUGUACGUUACUUUGGUGGCAGAUCCUAUGAGCGUUGUUGGUAAAGUUGAAGGUCGGUUAUUCUUCAUGCAGUAUCCAAUUCUGUGCGACAUAAUUGGGAAAAUGUGUACCAUUUCAUGUAUUGUGUCUCUGGGGUCCAUCACAUUUCUCAGUUUCAACAGAUAUAUAUUAAUCUGUCACAACUCAUAUUACGAGAAAAUAUUUAGUCGGCGAUCCUGUAUUAUAAUGUGCCUAUCACUGUAUAUCGUUGGAAUGAUCAUGGUUCUACUUAAUUACGCUGGAAUUGGCGGACAUGGUUUUGAUGACAAAAGUUUGGAAUGUAUUUGGGACAGAAUGGCAACAUAUAGUUACACCGUGGUAUUUUCAGUUUGUCUUGUUUGGAUUCCCUUGAUCGUUGUAGGAAUUUCUUACUUCAAACUGUUUUUAUUUGUCCGACAUAAGAGAAAACAAGUAACAAGUAGAGCAAACGCACCAAUCAUUGACACUAAAUCCCUGCGCCUAGCAAAAACAAUAUUUAUUGUGUAUGCUGUAUUUUCAAUCUGUUGGAUACCUUUCGCCAUAUUGCUUGUAGCCGAUGUGAAUGAUACAUUUUCCCACGAAGUUCAUCUUUGCAUCACAGUUUUUGCCCAUUUUCAUCCAUCGAUUAAUUUCUUUAUUUAUUAUUUUUCAAAUGAAAAAUUUAAAACAGAGGUCCAUAAAAUUUUUAAAAUUGGCGACAAAGAAGUAAUACAACAGCUUAAUGAUCAAGUAUCGCUAUCUGUUGUCACGAGAGUUAAUAUGACAUCAUCUUCAUCUAAUGGUUAAAUAAAACCUAACAUCAAUAAACACGUCAAAGCAACUAGCAAUGUCAUAUACCCAUCUCUCCUUUUAUCCAUAAUUUCCAGAAUGUUCUUUUGAAUUGUCUUGUCAAAUUUCGCAGUCUAUGUAAAUGAACCAGUUUAACAAAAUUGAUUUAAUCAAAACUCUAAUAUUUUUUACAGUAAGAGUUAUUUGUUAUAAGUUUGAUUUUUUAUAGACUAUAAAUCAUAAAAUAAAAAAAGAAGUACAUUGUCUUGAAACAGUAUUUGAACAGUUUGCCUAUUGAUCCAUUUCAUUUGAGAGGAAUGAAUUAGAAUUUUCCGAAAUUGAAAACAAUUAACAUCUAGGUGUUUAUAAUGUGUCCUUUUUCAACUGAAAGCCAAGUAUAAAAAUUGAAAGUUAGCCGUGAUAAAAUAUUCACUAUUAAAUCGAUUUUGAACUGAAACGGUAAUUGUGAUCUAAGCAGCUCUUUAAAGACUGAACAAUACAUUAUCAAGUCAUGUUCAAUCGUUUAGUUCAUUUUCAGCUUUAUUCACUGCGGUAGAUUAAGUACUGGUCAGACAUUUACCUUGCAGUCAAUUAAGACGUAUUCAGUCUAUGUUCAGACUGUUCAGUAGUUGUUAUUUACCUGUAUAAAAAAAACAUCCUGAAUUGUCUGGAAGCUUCUGCACAGUACAUGAUUUCAUUUUCAGAAAAUUUAUAAAAAAUGACUUAAGCUCUUAACUAGGCUUAACGUUUUUGUGUUCAAACUUUUCAGAUGAUGUUAUGAUCAGAAUAACCGUUUAAGACUAAAAUAUAUUUACUAGUGAAUUAAAUUGAUGAUUUGCUAAAUACUGACUAGGGGGCGUCGGAGGCCGAGUGGUCUAAGUAGUUCAAAUACUGUUUCACUAGCCUGUCAAAACUGAGGUUGUUAGUUCGACCCCCGCACGUGGCAGGUGCAUUCGACUUCAAUCUUGAUUGACUAGGAUUGUCAAUUUUCCUACCGAAGGUUGGUGGUUCCUCAUGGUAUUCCGGCUUCCUCCACCAAUAAAAACUUACUGCCACGAAAUAGCCAAUAUUUGCCGAAAGUGGCGUUAAACACCAACCGAUCAAUCAAUCAAUAUAUACUGUUAACUAAACAGUUCAUUUUGGACAUGCAAACUUUGAAAUAAAUUUUAUAGUAGGUGAUAUUAAAUGUUUAAUACAUGGUUAAAUUGACCAAUUGUAUGUAUGUCUGUUUAUUUGUAAUUACAAUUGUUGUGGUGUUUGUUCAAAGUAAACUUCAAACUUCAAUUACAGAAUGUUUUGGAUGGCCAAAAAAAAAAAGGAAGAAAACGAGAAAAAAUAUAUUAAUUUGAUUAUAUUAUAGCUAUCUGAUAUAGAGAUCUCAUGAACAUGGGUCUUCCCAAUCUUUUAUUCUUAUUUUUAUGUACAGUAUUCAGUAAUGUUCUUAUUUCAUCGAUUAUUUUGAAUGUACUGCACUCAUUGAGCCCCAAAUAUUCUGAACAAAAUCACGAUCAAUUUUGACAAUACAUUGUUUAUAUGAGCAAAACAAUACCAACAUUAUCGCAUAUUGCAUUAUAAUAUUGCAUAUGACAAUACCAAUAACUUUAUCUAAAGAGGGUGACUCAAUUAUCAUUCACUAAUCUAAUUUGAUGCGCUCACAAAAACAAACAGAGUAAGUAUUACAAAGAUUACAAUUUUUUAACACAUGAUACUACAUGCAAGCUAAACGAUUGUUGGCAGAAAUAUGUCAAUGUCAAUGAUGCCAGGCAUUUAAUGUCGUCUACACAAGACUUAUCAUUGGCGCUCGAAUCAACAGUUGAACGGACAGGAAUACAAAAUUAAAUAAUACAUAAAUAUGAAAGGACACCGAGAGAGUGGUUACAAUUAAUUUACCGUUAAAAAUCUAUUUAUUUCAAUUUUAAAACUUAUCAGAUAUUUGUAUUUUAUUUAGAAGUUUAUUCGAAAGUAUUGAGAAGCAAUAUGUGAUUUUGUUUUCAACUUAUUUGUGUUAGGCCACACAACAGCAAGAUUAUUGAUUGCAUAACUUCUUAAAUUUCUUCUAUGAAGGUUCAUAAUUGUACAACAGACUCCUUUAGUAAUUACGCGUUUUACUUUUGAGAUUUUUAAACCAGAAUCAGAAUCUUGUAUUAAUAUAUUUAAUUAUUGGCAUACCAAAGCUCGUUUUUAUUAGUCCCAAUGAGCAUAUAAGAAAAAGGCAAAAGAUACCAAAAGGACAUUCAAACUCAUAAGUCGAAAAUAAACUGACAACGCCAAGGCUUAAAAAGAAACAGACCACCAGAUAAACAACAUUACACAAAACACAACAUAGAAAAGACUGAGUAACACGAACCCCACCAAAAACUGUGGUGAUCUCAAGUGUUCCGGAAGGUUAAGCAGAUCCUGCUCCACAUGUGGCACCCGUGGAAUUGUUUUUAGAGGAUUCAUUUUAAUUUUGUUAUUUAGACCCCAAGUAUUGAUAGGGUUGGCGCAUCGUGGUUUAGUUUUCUUUCUAUAUUUUUACAUAUCUAUAACAUGGGUAUGGAGAGUUGUAUCA